AUGGCUACAAACAUCGUACUGAAGGAUCCGUCCCUGCUGAUUGGUCAAAACUACAUUGACGGGAAAUGGGUCGACGCAGCGUCUGGAAAGCGAUUCAAUGUGACAGACCCUGCCAGCGGCAAACUCAUCGGAUCUUGUCCAGAAUCGGACACCAGCGAUGCACAAAGGGCAAUUGAAUCAGCGGCAGCGGCACUUCCAGCCUGGCGCUCUCGAACCGGCCGAAACCGCAGUCGACUUUUACGUCGGUGGUAUGAGUUGGUAAUGGAGAACCAGGAGGAUUUGGCUACAUUGAUCACCUGGGAAAAUGGCAAGGCUAAACCAGAUGCUGCUGGUGAGGUUCUCUUUGCAUCCAGCUUCCUAGAGUGGUUCGCAGAAGAGGCGGCGCGGAUCUAUGGCGAUGUGAUUCCACACAGUCAGCCAAGUUUCCGAGUUUCUGUUCUGAAGGAACCCAUUGGUGUCUGCGGUCUUAUCACGCCUGGACGGCUGACCCUUCGAAGCUGGAACUUCCCUGCUGCUAUGAUAACUAGAAAAUUGGGCCCUGCAUUGGCGGCUGGCUGUACAGUUGUCGUCAAGACCGCAGGCGAAACCCCGUUCACAGCCAAUGCCUUGCUCAAGCUAGGCGAGCGGGCAGGAAUCCCUCCAGGUGUGAUCAACAGCGUGACUGCAUUGGAGAACACGCCGGAAAUUGGCCAGGCUCUGUGCUCCUCGAACACUGUACGCAAAAUCUCCUUCACCGGAUCCACUCGGGUCGGAAGGCUGCUCAUGCAACAAUCGAGCAACUCUUUGAAGAAGCUUGGCCUUGAGCUUGGUGGUAAUGCUCCUUUCAUUGUCUUUGAGGAUGCCGACCUCUCGCUGGCUGUAGCUGCAGCAAUUGGUAGCAAGUUCAAGUCCUCUGGGCAGACAUGCGUGUGCUCCAACCGGAUAUUUGUCCAGGAGAGCAUUUACGAUGAUUUUAUCAAAAUGUUCAAGAGCGCAGUGAGCCAGUUCCAAGUCGGUAAUGGCUUUGAUGCGAAGACCACUCAUGGCCCUCUAGUCACUCCCGCGGCAGCGGAAAGAGUUGCCGGCCUUGUGGAUGAUGCCGUGAAGCGCGGUGCAAAGGUGGAGCUUGGUGGAAAGAGGAGGCCUGAUCUGGGUCCAAACUUUUUCGAGCCUACUAUCCUCACCAACAUGAGCCCCGAUAUGUCUGUGGCCAACGAAGAAAUCUUCGGUCCCGUCGCUCCCAUUUUCUCCUUCAAGACGGAAGAUGAGGUUGUUGCUGCGUCCAACGCAUGUGACGUGGGCUUAGCAUCAUAUAUCUUUACGCAAGAUAUUACACGUGCUAAUCGAGUUUCGGAACUCUUGCAAUUUGGCAUGGUGGCCAUCAACACAGGGGCGGUUUCUGAUGCCUCCAGUCCGUUUGGUGGAAUCAAACAAUCUGGAAUGGGCCGUGAAGGAAGCAAAUACGGCAUUGAUGAUUAUCUCCAGACUAAAACUGUUGUCACCGGAAACGUCAACGUAGUGCAUAAAUCUCUUCUGUAG